AAUAUCGUAAAGUAUUUUAUCUGAUUAUCAACUCUAUUCAGUGGUUAUCUGACAUUUGGGGUGAAUGUUAAUUGAAAUUUCCUCAGAAAAAUUCAGUGGUUUCAUACCUAGCUAGCCGCUAGCCUAGCCUGUAAAAGCUACAAGCAGAUUUGACUAGCUAACAUUAUGCUAAAGCGAAGGUGCAGGUAGUCCUGUAGGUAGCGUGUUAGCCUCUUGCUAAAAGGGCAGACCUUAUAACUACUUUUGAGUUGUGUUGACGGCAAACAUUGGUUGUUUGAAAUCAUGUUAGCGCUGGAUGUUACUGUUGUUCUUGCGCUGGCUUCUUCCGUUCUCGAAAAGAAAGGCAAACAUCGUAGAGAUGAUGAUCACGGUUCUGUUAAUGUAAUGUUGGCUAACAGGUCAUGACGUCGGAUGUUUUGUGUUUUCUCUGUUUAUCCAUCUUUGACAUAACUUACACGCUUAAGUUUACUAUCACUAAUUUAUGUUACCGACGAGGACAUAAUUUUUUGGUAUUAACGUUUGGUUCAAAUGAUAAACAGAAGUAACUGCGGUCCAGUUCAGCUUUGUGAAUUAAACUACAGAUGAACUAUUAAAGCUGGGCAAAUCAAAUACAAGCAACAAAUGUUUCACUUGCUUACUGUCUCUGUACUCAGGUAGCACAGUUUAACUAAUCUAAUGCCCUAACAGCCGUCAGUUUUCUCACAAUGACCAGAAAAAACUUUUGGUUUGUUGUCAUGGACGUUAGGCUCCGUACAUUGUAUCCGGCAUGUAUUAUAUGAGAUUACACUCAGUAUCAUCCCUGGAUGUCACAAGUCAAAAAUCCUAAUGACUUUAAUAUACUGCUGCGUAGAAAGAAAACAGGACAGUCUGUUUAGCUUUGGUCGAGGAAAAGGACAGCUGAUAUGCUUUUCUAGGAAGCCAUUUUACGUGCCACAGUUGGGGGAAGGGCCAGUAAAUGCAUCCUAAGUCCAGAGUAACUUUCAACAGUUAGGGCUACCACCAAUACUUGUAUAUAUCUGGCUGGGUGCACUUUGCGUAUGGAGACAAGGACAGAGCUAUCAACCUGUUUAUAACACCUCACAGAGGGUGAGGCCUGAGGUCAUGAACUCAUUUAUGGCAGGUAGCUGUGAAGUGGUGUAACAUCUGUGGUGAGCAACAUGAACCGUGAGGACCGGAAUGUGCUCCGAAUGAAAGAAAGAGAAAGGCGAAAUCAAGAAAUCCAGCAGGGAGGAGGAGAGGCCUUUCCAGCAAAUUCACCUCUCUUUCCUGAACCCUACAAAGUGUCCAGUAAGGAAGAUAAACUGUCCAGCCGUAUUCAGAGCAUGCUGGGCAAUUACGACGAGAUGAAAGAUCCAAUUGGUGAUACACUUCCAAAGCUUGGUGGUAAACCUUCUAACAGUUCGUCUUCCUCUGAGGAGAAAUCGGGCCCACCUUUGUUUGGUGGGGACCAGCGUGGUGUCAGUAGUGGUGGCAGCAACCAGAGCAGUAAGUGGACUCCUGUUGGCCCUGCAGCAGGUGGAUCUUCAUCCCAGUCCCAGAAACGCUCAGGACUCAGCAGUCAGAGGGGCAACGGGGGUAGUAGUGGCAGCAGCAGCAGUAGCCAAAGACACGGAGGUGAAAAGAAGUCAAGUAAACACAGUGGGGGGUCAGAACACUCAAAGUCACACACGUCGAGUCCAGCCAAGGGCUCUCUGAGUUCCUCUGGCAGCAACAGCCAUUUGCGGAGUUCCUUGUCUGCAGAGCAGCAUCACAGCAAGGAGCGCUACCGCUCCAAGUCCCCACGAGAAAGAGAGGCCAACUGGGACUCACCCUCGCGGGUUCACACCUCCUUCCCCAGUGGACAGCACUCAAGUCAGACCUUUCCCCCAUCUCUCAUGUCCAAACCCGGCUCCAUGCUGCAGAAGCCCACAGCGUAUGUGCGGCCUAUGGACGGCCAGGAAACUGCAGAACUCAAGAGCUCCCAAGCAGAAAGCUACAGUGGACAGUCACACAGCAGCACCAUGGGAGAGAUGAAGUCCAACAGCAAGGCCUCACUGUCCAAACUUAAGAUCCCCUCACAGCCUGUAGAGGGAUCCGGUGAUGCCCACUGCGUUGAUGAGAUUCUAAAGGAAAUGACUCAGUCGUGGCCUCCUCCUUUGACAGCCAUCCACACCCCCUGCAAAACUGAGCCCUCCAAGUUUCCAUUCCCUACUAAGGACUCUCACCCUUUUUCAAGUGGACACAAGCGAGGCAGUUCUUCCAAGAGCUCCAGCAGCCACCAGCCCAAAGCUUGUGAUGACCAGCCAACUAAGCUGGAAGAUGACCUGAAGCUAAGCAGCAGUGAGGACAGUGAUGGAGAACAGGACUCUGCCAAGAAUGCCUCAAGGAACACAUCAGCAAGCAAUAAUAGUGAAGGCGCAGAGCAAUCGAGGGACGACUCGAGCAGCCACAGCGGUUCAGAGAGCAGCUCGGGCUCAGACAGCGAGAGUGAAAGCAGCACGACGGACAGUGAAGCCAAUGAGCACCCACGGCCAGCUUCUCCUGAACCUGAGCAACCCAUGGCCAACAAGUGGCAGCUAGACAACUGGUUCAAGAAGGCCAAACAGUUCUCACCAGCCUCUCCAGUGGACAAUAAUGUUCCAACAAAGUGCAAGAAAGAAGGCAGAGAUAACGGCUCAGGACGUGGCUAUACUAGCCAGGGAGGGGGUUCAAAAGACUCAACGGCACCAGCCCCAAGCAGGGACCUACGGGCAGCACAAAAAGGUGCAGAGGGUGGCCGUGGCCGGCAAAAGUCCCCUGCUCAGAGUGAGGGGGGCACAAACCCGCGAAGGAGUGUGGGUAAAAAACAGCCUAAAAAGUCUGAGAAGCCCCUAGUGGUGGAGGAGCCCAAGGGAGGUCUGAGAGUGGAGAGUGAGCCAGCUCCAGAGUUACCUCCUCAUCGGCCCAAAGCUGCUACUAAGGGUUCCCGCAAACCAAACAUUAAAAAAGAGUCUAAAUCCUCCCCGAGGUCCACUGCAGCUCCUGUUGCCACCACUGCAGAUAAACGCAAGGCCAAGGCACCGACGAAGUCUCGUGAGUUUGUUUCAGAUUCUUCAUCGUCAGACUCUGAGGGGAAUGACAGCAUCCUGUCCUCAUCGCAAACACCCAAGUACACAGAGAGUAUCAGGACCCCAGUCUGUGUGUUCUCGCCAAUGGAAGAGAAAGAGCUGUUGUCUCCACUCAGUGACCCCGAGGAACGUUACCCUACAAGACCUCCUCAGCAGCAGGUUUUACUCGUGAAGAUAGAUCUCAGCUUGCUUUCGAGGAUCCCGGGGCGGCCCUACAAGGAGCCUGUAGAGAUAAAAGUGGAGAGGGACGACUCUCUAGACAGGGAGAGCAAAGACUUCAGCAAGCAGAGCUCUGAGAAGAGCUCUUCCAAGGCCAAGAGGAAACACAAGAAUGACGAAGAGGGCACCAAGCCAGAGAGCAAGCGAUGCAAACUAGAGGAGAAGUCCCUAUCUCACCAUAAAAACAGCAGCAAAGAGUCUAAGAGGUCUUUGGAAAAGAAAGAGGAGCCAGUCCCUUCUCCUUCCAUGUCGGGUCCUCAGCGGACCCCCAAGGCAGAGCAUCCGAGUCGGAAGAGGACGGUAAGCCAGUCCUCCACCUCUUUGUCCAGUGGGACAGGAAGUGGGAAGGAGGGAAGCCACAGCACCAAGGGCAAUUCCACCUCCAAACACAGAAAAGGAGAGGACAAGGGACGCAGCACACGCGAUGGCAAGGAGAAAUCCUCAAAGGGUUGUGAUAACCAGCUGGCUGUUCCCCCGCUCUCCACGGACGGCUCCAAGUCUCAGAGAUCCAAGCUGGUGUUUGAGGACAGGGUCCAUUCAGCAGAUCACUACUUACAAGAGGCCAAGAAACUUAAACACAAUGCAGAUGCACUGUUGGACCGCUUUGAGAAGGCAGUUUACUACCUGGACGCUGUGGUGUCUUUCAUUGAAUGUGGUAAUGCUCUGGAGAAGAGCGCCCAAGAGGCCAAGUCCCCCUUCCCCAUGUAUGCUGAAACGGUGGAGCUUAUCAAAUACACUAUGAAGUUAAAAAGCUACAUGGCCCCAGAUGCUACUUCAGCAGACAAGAGGCUAGCUGUGCUUUGCCUACGAUGCCAGUCUCUCCUCUACCUGCGGCUAUUCAAGCUGAGGAAAGACAGUGCACUAAAAUACUCCAAAACACUCACAGAACACUUAAAGAAUUCUCUGAGCAACACCCAGGCUCCCUCUCCUGGAAUGGGAAACAAGGCAGCGGGUAUGCCCUCUCCAGUCUCCCCCAAACUGUCACCAGGCACAGCUGGUGGCUACUCAUCAGCAAGCAGCAGCAGCAGCACCAGCUCGUCUGUGACCAUCCCUCAGCGUAUCCACCAGAUGGCUGCCAGUUACGUCCAGGUCACCUCUAACUUCCUGUAUGCCACCGAGGUCUGGGACCAGGCUGAACAGCUAUCCAAGGAGCAGAAAGACUUCUUCUUGGAGUUGGACAAGGUGAUGGGUCCCCUGAUCUUCAACACCAGCAGCAUGACAGAGCUGGUGCGAUACACACGGCAGGGCCUCCACUGGCUGCGCCUUGAUGCUAAGCUUAUUCCCUAACGGGGACUCAUUGCCUGCACGCUGCUCCCACACAAACACAAACAAAAAACCUCAGCCUCUUGUGUUUAACAACAUGUGCUCAAAGACACACAACCAUGCCCUCACAGACAGAAACAUAUACAACUAGACACUGUGUGCACACACACACACACACACACAGAGCCCACCUCUGGCCCUCCAUGUACACACACCCACACACGAUGAACUUCUCAGACAUAUCUUCAACACUGUGUCCAUUUCCUACACCAGCUUGCCAAAAACACUGAGCAAUUUCGAGCAUCUCACAUCGCAGACAGCACCAGACAGGGAGAAGCAUCAAAACUGCAGCACAGGAACAAAAAGAGCUUACCGCCACACUUCAUAUAUCCGCAUUCAUACAAAAAGAGUAUGCUUAAAAAUAGGGUUUGGUUUUUAGGCUACUUUGGCUUUUAACUUUUUAUUUGACUUUGUUUCACCAAAGUACCUCCCAGAAACACCAAAGGUGCUUUAAAAUGAAGGUUUCUCUUUAUCAUUUUUGUGCCUUGUAUGUGAGCUACAGGAAAACAAACAGCCACCUGUCAUAUCUGAAUAUGUUCCUUUUUUUUCAUUUGUCCUCUUUUGCUUUGCUUCAACUCAUUUAAACACUUAUCAAUGGAUGGAAAGUGGCAACUUUUUUUUUUUUUUUUUUUUUUGUGAAGUCCUAUCAAAAAGCAUUUGGCAUCUCAGAGCAAAGAGGAUGUUGGUCACAUAUUAAAGUACCUUUCUUCAUCUUAAUUUAUCUUUCCUUCAAAGUCUCUUGGCAGUAAAGAUUAAUAUUGAGGCAUGCCCACAAGAUUUGAGGACUGUCGGAAGGGCUACUGUGUACAGCAGAUUAAUACCUCUGACACAUGCAUAUUUAUAAAUGUUAUUUUAUUUUAUCAUUCUGUUAGUUUUUAACAGUGAAUUUCUUUUAUUUUCGACAGUCAUGAAUUUAUAACCCUGCUAGAAAAUGAUUGAUUGUUCAAACCACUGUCUGGUUUGAUGCAAGGAGCAGCAUGGCCUCUAGGGGGCGCUCGCGGGGGCUGCAAGACUCCUGCCCUUAAUAAAAUCGAUCAUGUCAAUGUUCUUUCUGAGAUUUGGUGUCUUUGAAACUCCAGAAUACAAGCGUCUUAUUAUGAAAUGUUUUUACACUCGUAGCUACAUUGUUCACUGAGAAAUUUCCUCGGGGACGAGUCACUUCCGGACAGUGUUAUUCUUUCUUUUUUUUGAUGCCCUUUUUUUGCCCAGCGUGUAUUUUUCUAAGGAACAGCAGGGAGUGUUUUAAGUAUUGAAAUAAUUUCCACGUAUACAAUGCAGUUAUUAAUGUUGCAGUUUAUAAAAAAACGGGCCUGAGUGACCACUAAUUUGGCACAACAAGAGCAAAUUAACGUGAAAGGAAAGAUGUUCCUUUUUUAGAGAGUCAUCAGCAGUGUUGCAUUUAUAGUUGAGAUUUACAUCUAUGAUUAUAUAUAACGUCCAAUAUAGAUUUUAUUUAUAUACCAAGCUGUUGUUGUUGUUUUUUUUUUCCCCAUCUUCUGGCCAAGAGCAGAAGUAUAACUUCAAAUGCUUACUUGUAAAACAGGGUUGAACCAGAGUUAUAAGAUGCAAAGUAUUUGUACAUGUAAUUUUUCCUGUUUAAAUUUCCAAAUCUUAAUAAUAUUUGUAUUACAAGCCGCUGGAUAAGAAAUGCAUCAGGUAGUUGUUGUUAACGUGGUACAGCAGGCAGUGUGACAGCAUGUGUCUGCUGUCCAGAUGUGAACAUUUGUGGUUGGUUGUUUUGAAUUACUGGUUUUCAUCAGAGGGAGUAUGAAUGCUGGUAGUUUUGAAUGAAGACACUGACACCCAAUGUUUCUGUUGAUAUUUGGGUGUUUUGUAGUGGUCAGUGACAUGAAGGACUUUUUUUUGUUUUUCACCCACUUUCUACAAAAACAUGCUGGAAAUAUUAAAGCCUGGGCCAGAUAGUAUUCAUGGACACUAUUAUUGGUUGGUUUUGUUUUGGUUAAUGGCAGACAAGUUCGACUAAGAGGAAAGUGACAGGAAGUUUUAAGACUUGUGUCUGUAACUUUCUGGUACUUUUCAAACAUAAGUUAAGUGUAUUUUCUGAGUUUUUUUCCCAUCUCAAGAUAAAACAAUUCUGAAGAAUUACUAUUUGGCCCAGCUUUGAACUGUUUUUUUGUUGUGUUUUGUAUUUUGUUUCCUUCACUGGCUCCCUGGCCUUUACUGUAGGAGGGGGUACUGUUAUUUCCUCUUGCACUUGAAAAAGAGAAAGUCAGAGGAGGUAUUAUUUUAAUCUAUGCAGGAUUUUUACAAAUAAAGGAUCUGUUUCUGUGGGGGGGAAAAAAAUAAUUUUUAGGCUUUUAAUUCUUAGGAUUGGUUCUCUCCCCCACUCGUUUUUUUUCCGCCUCAGUGAGAAACCUGUUGAACUCAAGUGUCCGAUGCCUUUAGCUUUUGCAGUUUGUGUACUGGUUUAGUAUAUAUGUGUAAAUAGAUCUGUUUUUCUAACCAAACCACAGAUGGCUUGAGCCAUUUUGUACUUAAAGCUGGAGGCCACUUUUCUCAUAGGAAUUCCUCUGCGGGUUUUGCCAGCCCAGUCAAUGUCUUCAUACACUGGUACACUUUGUAAGUACAGGUCCGCGCCUUGUGUUCCCCCACACUAUCUUGUAGUUAAGUGUACAAAAUUUAGCAUUAGAGUAAUUUUUAACAGUUUGCUACUCACACUUAUUUAUUUUUCUGCCCCUUUGCUUAAUGUUUUUUUUUUUUUUUCUAUUAUGCUAUUUUAAGGAGUACCAUUUUAUGAAAUAGGAAGAUGUAAAUGUAUUGGGGUUAUUCAUGAUGAGAUUUCAUUGUAAGUAGUAAUAUUAAUUCUAUCUUGAAAAAAUCCAGGGUAAGAUGAGGGUUUUUUUUUUUUGGACAUUCGGUAGGAAGAUGUUAACACUUGCAUGUUUCUAUUUAAAUACAAAUGUAUAAAUUGUAAAUAUAACAUUUCUUUAAGGGUGAAUUUCUACUACAGGUUGACAUUUUUAUUGAAAUUUAAAAAUGCUGUAAAUACAUUUGAGAUACUUUAUGCACAUUUUGUUUUUCUCUUUGGGCUCUUGUGUUCUCUCCUUCUUCCAAUCUGUUACAAAAGGCAUUUCAGUCUCUUAACUGUAUAUCAUAUUGAUCUCUCGGUCCUUUUCUUACCGUGCUUGUACUCUUUGUCUUCUGCUUCACUGUCUCUCAGUUUCAUGAUUGCCACAUAAUCAUUAAUGUGUCUAGAUCCAAGUGCGAAUAUUUUGUCUUCUCUGUAUUUGAUAUGGAGGCGUGUACUUUUCAUGAAAUGUAUAUUGUUGAUCUCAUUGAAUGGAUGGAUGGAUGGCUGGUGUGUACAGUCUGUUAUGUAAAACCAUGUCUGUUUUAGUCCUCAUGAGAGAGAUGUAUUUACUAUUUGUCCCUUUUGAACAAUUGGUCCAACUUGUCUUUUGAAACAGAGGUAUUUCUCUACAGGUUAAAACAGUUGUAGCAGUUUAUACAGUAUGUUGUAUAACACCCUUUUUUCUAAAAGUCGUCUCUGAAGUGAGACCAGCAGCAUACACUAUGUACAAUAGUCUAAAUUGGAUUAGUUUUAAGAGAACUGAUGAUAGAGAUACUAUAUAUGAUGGAUGCAAUAUGAUUAAAGGUACUCAUCGAGUUUGAUCUUCAAACUUAGUUUAUGUAAUUUAAAAGCAUUCUUGUGAAGUGAGUAUUACUUGUGACUAAUGAGAGUCUGUCCUGAAUAUUUGUAUUUUGCCGUAUCAAGAAUAAAAUAUAUAUGGAUAUGUUUAA